AGAUUAGCGAGUGGUGGACGCGUUGAGAAAUUUGUGGUUGUUUGCCGUUUGCUUGAUAAUCAGGCCAACAUGGGCUUCUGGCGCCAUGCAUUUCGAAGACCCGACAGGAUGGGAGCCAACAUGCCCGCCUUGGGUGCGUCAAUCCGAACUGAUGAGUUGAACGGAGGGGCUCUGCUGAGGCCUAUGGAUCAACUGCUGACGCAGAUUUUUUUCUUGUUCACAUUCCCACCUCCCGUCCCUCUGUAGUGCCCCUCCUUUCCCCCCAUAGCUGAGAUUAGCUGCACCUGCCUUCCCCGCCAUUCUCCCAGAUCCCAAAUCCUACCAAAUCCUAUCCCGCAUUGCUCGGAAAGGCCGCAUCGUCAGCUUUGACAGGCGCCAGGCACCACCCACGGUCCAACAGGGCUAAAUUAGCUGGCCAUUUCUGGUGCUAGACCCACCUCAUUUGCAGCCGUCGCCCGUCGACAACCUCGUCAACCACGGCCAGCAUGGGCUCGACCACGACGCUGACCCCGGCGCUCCGCACCGAUCCCAAGAUCAUCUUCUUCACCGACUUUGACGGCACCAUCACGGUCCAGGACUCCAAUGACUACCUGACCGACAACGUCGGCUACGGCGUAGUCCGCCGCAAGGCCGUGGGCCACGAGGUGCUCGAGGGCCGCAUGGCCUUCCGCGACGCCUUCAGCGACAUGCUGGACUCGGUGUCGCUGCCCUUCGACCAGUGCGUCGACCUGCUGCUGCGCAACAUCACCCUGGACCCGGCCUUUGCCCGCUUCUACGUCUGGUGCCGCGAGAACAACGUGCCCGUCGUCGUGCUCAGCGGCGGCAUGCGCCCCAUCAUCGAGGCCCUGCUGCGUAAGCUGGUCGGCGACGACGCCGUUGCCGACAUGCAGAUCAUCAGCAACGACGUCGCCACCCGCCCCGGCAAGGCCGGCCUGGACGAGGAAGGUGGCUGGCAGAUUGUGUACCACGACGACAGCUCCUUUGGCCACGACAAGUCCAUCGAGAUCCGAAAGUACUCGAGCCUGCCGCAGAGGCCCAUCAUGUUCUACGCCGGCGACGGUGUCUCGGACCUGUCGGCCGCCAAGGAGACGGACCUGCUCUUUGCCAAAGAGGGCCGGGACCUGGUACAGUACUGUGAGAAUGAAAAGGUGCCAUACACCACCUUUGCCGACUUCUCCAGCAUCCACGAGACAGUCAAGGCUGUCCUGGAGGGCAAGACGAGUGUCAAGGAAGUUACCAAAAAGUUCGCCUGAGUUGCAUGCAAGGUACGGCGAGGAGAGGCUUAGAAGGUAACAAACAGACCCGGGUAUUUCGCUUGAGCGAUUGGGAUAGAUAUAUAUAACCGGAUUCAUAUAGAGACCUAGACAUGUAUAUCCUAGAUCAUGCCGCAUUUCACUUCAUUACAAGACGAACCGCUAUCGUGCCACGCGACGUCGCCUACUCGGUUCGUUUCUCUUCCUUCGGAAUACUCCACCAGCAGAGCAGCAUAACACCGAUAAGCACAAUGACGAUGGG